AAUGCUUUUACAUCCGAGAGAGGCGUGGACGGACUGUGUGCCGGGAAAUAUUUACAUGUUGCCACAUCGUGGUAUAAGAAUUUUAUGUCCGAAAAUAUCUGCUCAGCUGAAGUCGAAGAACAAUGUUUUUGAGACUGGUGCAUGCCGUUUACACCCCUCAAUCUGUAAUAUUCCCUGUUAUUUUAAAUCUUUGUGACGUCACGUGAUUCAUCGACAUGAUGUUCGAAACGUGCGCAACUUUUGUGUGUACGUAGGAGGUAUGCAGCUGUAUCAGGAUUGUAAAUAAAUGUCGGACAAAUCCCACACUUUGUAGGUGCAUUUGAGAGAAUUUAACGGCAUGUUAUAAAAAUUGGACACUAAGAAAACCAUAAUGAAUUGUGCUAUUGCAGAUCCAACUUCGCUACACAUUUUCCCGUGAAAUUUUGAGGUCAGUACUUUGAAAGCUCUGUGGAUCUAGAGGAAUGUUAGAUACGACACAUCAGCUUUGGCCAGUGUCGUAAUGUGUGCUGUCGCGUCACCUUUAGGUGCAUAUAUUUACCGUUUUUUAUUUGGCGAAACCAACCCCCAACGAAUGUUAGAGCAUUAAAAAUUAUUUGUGGGUGACAGACUGAACUGCAGUUCAGUGCGAGGUUGGAAUGUGACAGGCUGGUUGUGAUUUAGCGAAGUCAGCAAACGUGAUAUUAAAAAAAAAAAAAAAGCCUGGUUGUAGUGGCCGACUGAUCUGCAGCUUAGCCCGUUUGAAAAAAUCGCCAAGAGCAUCACUUUUUAUGGUAGUGGCCAUAUUGUUUACUGCGUUUGUCGCGUUUUUCUUAUGUCACUGGUCACAACCAAGAAGCUGAAGUGCUUAUCGAUCGUGUGUCGCUUUGGAAGCAACAAGCAACAGUUGUGUAUUUUCCCUGUUGACAAACGUAUCAACAGUUUACCUUAAGAGUGCUAAAAUGAGAAAUAUAGCAGUAGAGGUCAUUCUGUUAUCGGGCGCCGGAUUAGCUGGCUGGUAUGGGGGUAAAUGGUCAGAACGUAAACGUUUAAGCAUCGCCCAUCCAGUGCUACCUGGUGUGCCUUUGUUUGGAACCGUAUCUGCUGCUGCUCCCAUAACUCCUAAGGAAAUCACGGUAGUUGAUGAAAAUACGACGAACAUGCCAGUACCAAAAAGUAGAGUUUCACAGAUCAUGAGGUUUGGCUUUCCAGGGCUUGACAAUGUGAGAUCGUUUGACGAUUUCAUUUUGUCUUAUGAUCGAAGAAAUCGUGUAGCCCAUUGGGUGUUUGAACACUUAAAACGCGAAUCAGUGAGGCAUAACGAUGCAAUAGAUCGUUCCAAGUGCGAAUUCAAGGAGGAUGACUCUAUUCAUAAAUUCUUUAGGUCAACCAACAAGGAUUACAAGGGCAGUGGAUAUGACAGGGGCCAUCUUGCUGCUGCAGGGAAUCAUCGAAGUAGUCAGACCUAUGUUGAUCAAACAUUCUUUUUGUCAAACAUUGCACCUCAAGUUGGUGUUGGUUUCAAUAGAAAUUCAUGGAACCGUUUGGAGAAACAUGUUCGCAGAUUGACUAAAAUAUAUAAAAAUGUUUAUGUCUGCACGGGUCCUCUCUAUCUGCCCAGGAAAGAAGAUGAUGGUAAAACAUAUGUUAAAUAUGAAGUAAUUGGCCUUGCUGUUCCCACACAUUUCUUUAAAGUGGUUGUUGGAGAAACAAAAGAUGAACAACUGGAAAUGGAGGCUUAUGUUAUGCCAAAUCAGCAGAUUGAUGACAAUACUCCACUCUCAGUGUUCCAGGUCCCACCAGAAAGUAUAGAGAGAGCUGCAGGACUACUGUUCUUUGAUCAGAUUUCGAGAAACAAACUCAGAUUGAUCAAUGGUAAAAAGACAUCAUACGUUUAAGUAAUGAGAAGUGGAUUGUUACUUUUAGCAGUCAUACAAGCAGAGAUGGAUUGCAGCUGGUUGCAAGAAUUUCUGUGGCAGUUGGACGGGAAGCUAGUCAUGGUAGUUGUAAUGGGAUUAGUUGUUCAGAUGCAUGUGAGGUAACCUCAACAUAAUCAAUAUAUACUGUGUGUGUGUGUGUGUGUGUGUGUGUGUGUGUGUGUGUGUGAGAGAGAGAGAGAGAGAGAGCGCAUGAGCGAGCGCAGGGUUGCCACAGGUUCUGGAAAUUGGGAAUUUCAAACAAGUCAGGGAAAUCAGUGAAAUAUCAGGAAAGGUUGGGGGAAAAAAACACUGGAAGAAUCUUGUUUUUGUCUCAGUAGAUGAAAUGGUAUGUUUACAGAGGUGGCAUGCAUCGUUACUGGCUGAGUGCAGCUGAGUACGUGCACUGCUUCCCUACUCCUUCAUUACUACUGCUUCUCUCCUUCCUACCACUCCCCUCAGCUUGCAGUCAGUGUUGCAGUCUUGCUGCUAGCCUAGCUGCUGCCGACAAGAGGCAGGGAGGCAUGAGGAGCGGUUUGUUUCGAUCUGAUUGUCAAGACUAAUGCAGUGGCUGGAGAUGGCGGUCAUAUGUACAUGAGUUGUGAUUGAGUGUGUGCUCUCAUUUUCUGACAAAAGCUAUGGCUGAAAAUUUAGUUGUGGGUGUGUGGAUGUAUUUUCUACAAGAAUGUUUGCAGCUCAGCAAUCAUCUUUACAGUGAGUUGCUACCUAAGUAUUUGAACAAGUUAUCAGUUGCAUGGAUUGAUCACAGUGGUCUCAUUUCAUCAAUAUGUUGUCUGUGGCUAGUGAAUAGCUGGCCACAUGAGUGGAUUUUCGUGAUGGGCCAAAACCGCAGUCCGUUUCUGCGGGUAUCUGUAACGGAUCAGGCCUGCCGAUCUGAUGCCAUUUGGUUCCCACUAAUGUGCAGGCCCUGCCCGUCAGAUCUAGUUUCACCAGCCUGCCUGCAGGCUGAGUCUGUUUGUGUGUGGCGUAAUGCAGUGGAUUUUUAUGGUUUAUCCUUGGACCCAGGACUGUAGUGCUCCUCGGCAGGCCAAAGGCCACAGGUGAUGGAUUUCAGGUAUUGUGACUGUCUCACCGCAAGUAUGUUGUAAAAGUGUGGCAUUUUAUAGACAUUUUAUUUGAUCUAGAACAUUUUGGCACUUCAAAAGUAGUUUAUAUGUUAGAAAGUAUGGACGAUAAGAGGAAGAAAAUUGCGUCAGUCUAUAGCAGUUUGUGCUCUGUGUACUCGUGUAUUUCUUGAAAGAAAAAUCACAAAAUACCUGUAAAAUAAUGGAUAUACCACAUUGGGUAAUAACUAACAAUAAUGAACAUAGUAGAACCAAUAUUUUAUUUGCGGUCACCUACAGUGUUGGUUUACACAAUUCUUCCCAGCCUUAUACACUUCUUCCAAGAGGCCUACUUUUUUCUGAGGUUAUUUCUGAAA